AUGGGCCGCACCACGAACAACGUGGAGGCAAAAGCACAGUGCUCGGGACGCAAGCCAGGCACCAACGACAGCGGGUUCAACCGUGGCUUCGUGGAGAGGUGUCCGGUGUCCGUGAAAGACCAGGCAGUGCGCUUCGGAAAGGUGCUGGAGCUCAGUUUCCACUCUCAGGGGAAAGUCAUGACCCCUGAUGGGAUCUGCAGGCUGCUGGAGCAGGCGCCCUGCACACUGGCCGUGAAAGCCAGCCCCGGGAUCCUGCGGCUGUGUCCCAAGCCACCCCCAGCGGGCUGGAGGCUGUCAUUCGGGGUGCUGCCUGCUCCGCCCUCCGUGCUGUGUGGCAAUGCCGGCACCGGUGGCAGUCUGUGGCCUCAGCCAGCGGACCUUCUGAAGAUUCUAGAUUUUCACAACUUGCCUGAUGGGAUCACAAAGACCACCGGCUUCUGCCCCACCCGGCGGUCCUCCAGAGGCCCAGAUGUGGCCUACAGAGUCACCAAGGAUGCCCAGCUCAGCGCGCCCACCAGGCAGCUGUACCCCGCCUCUGCGUUCCCCGAGGACUUCUCCAUCCUCACCACUGUGAAAGCCAAGAAGGGCAGCCAGGCCUUCCUGGUGUCCGUGUACAGCGAGCAAGGUGUUCAGCAGGUCGGCCUGGAGCUGGGCCGCUCCCCUGUCUUCCUGUAUGAGGACCACACGGGGCGGCCCGGCCCCGAGGACUACCCCCUCUUCCGAGGCAUCAACCUGUCGGACGGAAAGUGGCACAGAAUUGCUCUCAGCAUCCACAAGAAAAACGUCACCCUCAUCCUGGACUGUAAGAAGAAGACCACCAAGUUCCUGGACCGUAGUGACCACCCCGUAGUUGACGCCAAUGGCAUUGUUGUCUUCGGCACGAGGAUCCUGGAUGAGGAGGUGUUUGAGGUGAGCCAGUGCCCUUACCCAGAGGGAGAGGGUGAGGGCGACCCUUUUUACUACGAGUACCCCUACUACGAGGACCUUGAAGACCUGGACAAAGACCCCAACCCCACCAAGAAGCCCGUGGAAGCAGCUCGAGAAACCACGGAGAUUCCUGAGCCAGCUCUGUCCCCAGAGGGGGGAAGGGACGACUUGGAAGGAGAGUUCACUGAGGAGACCAUCAGGAACCUGGAUGAGAAUUAUUACGACGCCUACUUCGACCCCACCUUGUCCCCAUCAGAGAUCGGCCCGGGGAUGCCAGCCAACCAGGACACUAUCUAUGAAGGGGUUGGAGGACCCCGGGGCGAGAAGGGACAAAAGGGGGAGCCUGCCAUCAUCGAGCCGGUAUGGAUGCUCUCGUCUCUUCUCUGUUUCCGGUUUGGAGGGGGUGGCGAUGCCGGCUCCAAAGGCCCCAUGGUCUCAGCCCAGGAGUCCCAAGCCCAAGCCAUUCUGCAGCAGGCCCGGUUGGCACUGAGGGGACCAGCUGGACCAAUGGGCCUCACAGGCAGGCCAGGCCCCAUGGGCCCCCCUGGGAGCGGAGGCCUGAAGGGCGAGGCUGGAGACAUGGGGCCGCAGGGCCCCCGAGGCGUGCAGGGCCCACCUGGCCCCUCAGGAAAGCCUGGACGAAGGGGCCGAGCGGGCAGUGACGGAGCAAGAGGGAUGCCAGGGCAGACGGGCCCCAAGGGUGACCGUGGUUUUGAUGGCUUGGCUGGCUUGCCAGGGGAGAAGGGCCACCGGGGCGACCCAGGCCCCUCUGGCCCGCCAGGACCUCCGGGAGAGGACGGAGACAGGGGCGAUGAUGGAGAAGUCGGGCCCCGAGGCCUGCCUGGGGAGCCCGGCCCUCGAGGUCUGCUCGGGCCAAAGGGACCCCCAGGCCCUCCUGGACCUCCGGGUGUGACGGGCAUGGAUGGCCAGACUGGCCCGAAGGGAAAUGUGGGCCCCCAGGGAGAACCUGGUCCCCCGGGCCAGCAGGGUAAUCCAGGUGCCCAGGGUCUUCCUGGCCCCCAGGGUGCCAUCGGGCCUCCAGGAGACAAGGGUCCCUUGGGGAAGCCAGGACUCCCAGGGAUGCCCGGAGCUGACGGACCCCCGGGGCACCCUGGUAAAGAAGGCCCCCCAGGAGAGAAAGGAGGACAGGGUCCAUCUGGCCCCCAGGGUCCCAUUGGCUAUCCAGGCCCUCGAGGAGUCAAGGGUGAAGACGGCUUCCCUGGCUUUAAAGGAGACAUGGGCAUCAAAGGGGACAGGGGGGAGAUUGGCCCACCUGGUCCCCGAGGAGAGGACGGCCCUGAAGGCCCGAAGGGUCGAGGUGGUCCCAAUGGUGACCCCGGCCCCCUGGGGCCCAGCGGGGAGAAGGGCAAGCUUGGCGUCCCAGGGCUGCCAGGGUACCCAGGAAGACAGGGACCCAAGGGCUCCAUUGGAUUUCCUGGAUUUCCUGGUGCCAACGGAGAGAAGGGUGGCAGGGGAACCCCUGGGAAGCCGGGGCCGAGGGGACAGCGGGGCCCGACGGGCCCGAGGGGUGAGAGAGGCCCCCGAGGUAUCACCGGGAAGCCAGGUCCUAAGGGCAGCUCUGGAGGUGAUGGCCCAGCUGGGCCCCCCGGGGAACGGGGACCCAACGGACCUCAAGGACCCACAGGCUUUCCUGGGCCCAAAGGCCCCCCCGGCCCGCCAGGCAAGGACGGACUCCCGGGACACCCUGGGCAGAGAGGCGAGACUGGAUUCCAAGGCAAGACCGGCCCCCCAGGCCCCCCAGGUGUGGUGGGCCCGCAGGGUCCCACAGGAGAGACUGGCCCAAUGGGCGAGCGUGGCCACCCUGGGCCCCCAGGACCCCCCGGAGAGCAGGGGCUCCCAGGUGUAGCUGGAAAAGAAGGGACGAAGGGUGACCCCGGCCCUGCUGGCAUCCCUGGCAAAGACGGACCUCCAGGACUGCGUGGCUUCCCUGGGGACAGAGGGCUUCCCGGCCCAGUGGGAGCUCUUGGACUGAAAGGCAACGAAGGUCCCCCUGGUCCCCCCGGGCCCGCGGGCUCUCCGGGGGAGAGAGGGCCGGCCGGCGCAGCAGGGCCCAUCGGGAUUCCAGGGCGGCCAGGACCACAAGGCCCUCCGGGGCCAGCCGGAGAGAAAGGCACGCCUGGUGAGAAAGGACCACAAGGCCCCGCUGGCCGAGAUGGGCUCCAGGGCCCCGUAGGACUCCCAGGCCCAGCCGGCCCUGUGGGUCCCCCUGGAGAAGACGGAGAUAAGACCCCUCUGCUUGGCCUCAUCUCUGUCCCUGGAGGCAAGCCUGUGUCUCUCUUUUCCCCGCAGGGUCCUCCUGGGCCUACAGGCCCCCAAGGCCCCAUCGGACAGCCUGGCCUCUCUGGCGCGGAUGGCGAGCCGGGGCCUCGCGGUCAGCAGGGACUUUUCGGGCAGAAAGGUGACGAGGGCCCACGAGGUUUCCCAGGGCCCCCGGGGCCUGUGGGGCUGCAGGGUUUGCCAGGACCUCCUGGGGAGAAGGGCGAGACUGGAGACGUGGGCCAGAUGGGUCCCCCUGGGCCCCCCGGCCCCCGAGGGCCUUCCGGGUCUCCUGGUGCUGAUGGGCCACAAGGUCCUCCGGGUGGAAUUGGCAACCCCGGCGCAGUAGGGGAGAAGGGUGAGCCGGGCGAGGCCGGAGAACCUGGCCUUCCGGGAGAAGGGGGCCCUCUGGGACCCAAAGGCGAGAGGGGGGAGAAGGGGGAGUCGGGACCCUCUGGUGCUGCUGGCCCCCCUGGACCCAAAGGCCCUCCUGGAGAUGACGGCCCCAAGGGCAGCCCGGGCCCCGUAGGCUUCCCUGGAGACCCUGGCCCCCCUGGAGAGCCAGGCCCUGCGGGCCAGGACGGGCCCCCUGGAGACAAAGGCGACGAUGGAGAGCCAGGACAAACGGGGUCCCCGGGCCCAACUGGUGAGCCGGGCCCAUCUGGGCCGCCAGGAAAAAGGGGCCCCCCUGGACCUGCAGGCCCUGAAGGCAGACAGGGAGAGAAAGGAGCCAAGGGAGAAGCCGGCUUGGAAGGUCCUCCUGGGAAGACUGGCCCCAUCGGCCCCCAGGGGGCUCCGGGAAAGCCUGGCCCCGACGGACUGCGGGGGAUCCCUGGGCCUGUGGGUGAACAAGGUCUCCCCGGAUCCCCAGGCCCAGACGGGCCCCCCGGCCCCAUGGGCCCCCCCGGCCUCCCCGGCCUCAAAGGAGACUCGGGCCCCAAAGGGGAAAAGGGUCAUCCCGGCUUGAUCGGACUCAUCGGGCCUCCCGGUGAGCAGGGAGAGAAGGGUGACCGUGGCCUCCCAGGCCCGCAGGGCACUUCUGGCCCCAAGGGAGAACAGGGUAUCACUGGGCCUUCUGGUCCACUCGGACCUCCGGGACCCCCUGGCUUGCCGGGCCCCCCAGGUCCAAAAGGUGCUAAGGGCUCCUCGGGUCCCACUGGCCCCAAGGGUGAGGCGGGCCAGCCAGGACCCCCCGGCCUGCCGGGCCCCCCGGGCGAGGUCAUCCAGCCCCUGCCGAUGCAGGCGUCGCGGACUCGGCGGGACAUCGACGCCAGCCAGCUGCUGGAGGAGUCCAACGGCGACAACUACAUGGACUACGCGGACGGCAUGGAGGAGAUCUUCGGCUCGCUGAACUCGCUCAAGCUGGAGAUCGAGCAGAUGAAGCGGCCGCUGGGCACGCAGCAGAACCCCGCGCGCACCUGCAAGGACCUGCAGCUCUGUCACCCCGACUUCCCGGACGGCGAGUACUGGGUGGACCCCAACCAAGGCUGCUCCAGGGACGCCUUCAAAGUCUACUGCAACUUCACGUCGGGCGGGGCCACGUGCGUCUUCCCCGACAAGAAGUCUGAGGGGAGUAAAAUGGCCCGCUGGCCCAAAGAGCGGCCGUCCACCUGGUAUAGUCAGUACAAGCGUGGGGCCCUGCUCUCUUACGUGGAUGCCGAGGGCAGCCCCGUGGGCGUGGAUGCCCCUGGGAGAGACAGGUCGGUGUGGAGUGGGGCUGGAGGCCGUGCUGAGGUGUGCAGGGCUGAUGAGAGGCCUGUCCGUGGGGCAGAGACACGUGUGUGGAGGGGGGAGCCAGUGGGAUCUACCGGUGAAGCGCUCACUCGAGCCUGGGGGCGGUCUCUAAUGGGUAUCCCCUCCGGUCCCCAGACGAGGAAGGGCUAUCAGAAGACAGUGCUGGAGAUCGACACCCCCAAAGUUGAGCAGCUGCCCGUGGUGGACAUCAUGUUCAAUGACUUCGGCGAAGUGGCACAGAAGUUUGGCUUUGAAGUGGGGCCGGCCUGCUUCAUGGGCUAGGGACCACUGGUGUUGACCAGCCCCUCACCAUCUCGGUCCAUUGGCUGCUCGCCGGCGUCCCGCCGACCUCCACUCCGUGCUGGACCCCAGACCCAGAGAGCCAAAGGGGAGAGCCUUGCCCCCGGGAGCGGAUCACAUGACCUAGACACCACCACCUCGGGCGCCCUGGGCCCCUCAAGUGCCUCCUUCCCCAGCCCCCUCCCUGCUCCACAGAGACCGAUGCACAGCCGGAGGGGCGGGGGUGGGUCUGGGCCUCAUUGGUCAAAUCCAACUGGAAGAGGUAUAGAUGCCCGUGACCCCACCACCACCCUGUGCCCAGGCCAGCCUGGUAAAGGCCCUCCACCCGCCACGGCCAGAGUCCCCACCCACCUGAGACCUUGCCCACCCCACCCUGUGCCUCCCUUCCCCAUGGAUCAAGGUGCUGACAGUGCUGGGUGUUAAGUAAAUAUUUGUAUUGUGUUGUUAUAAAUGUGCAUGUCCCUGCCUUUCAAUCAGCCUGAAAGCCUGACCACCCCAGCCCUGGUCCCAGGAACAUCUGGAACGGGGGGGUCUGGACCUCAAUUCUAAGGAGCGGUGGGGAGGGUCUCAGCCCUCCAUGGCCAAGGACUUGUGGUCAGUGGCCUUGGGGCCCCGGGCAGGGGGCACAGGGCGGUCACUUACCAAGCAGGAAAUGCCACCCCCUGGCCGAGUUUGGAUUUGCUCGGAAUGUUCGGUGUUUUUAUGUCUAGUGGAAGCUGCAGGGAGAGACCAUGUCGUAUGCUUCCUAACCUGGGAGCACUUGGGCGAGGACGGGUGGGGCUGCCCCAGGCCGCCUCCUGCUGGCUGUCCUCUGUGGGCAAAGCCUGCGGGGAGGCCGUGCAGGGCAGGACAGCCGCCUGCUUCCGGAGAAUAAUUGGUGCUGAGUUUUACACUUUGUCUUUGUGGUGCUAUCUGUUUCAAGACCCCCUUGAAGGCCACACUGGGGGGACCGGGCCGCCCCUCACUUCCCCAGAUGUCUCUCCCUACACGGCUUUCGCCUCCCCGAUCUGAGUUUUGGCCAAGGACCUUGGGUGCUCAGGCUCCAAGCUGGGAGCCCGCCGGGCUGUGCUGGCCGGAUCUGAGCGCGCGCACAAGCUCUGGAACACGGAGUCGCUUCCUGCCCCUGCGUGCGGCAGCACCAAACCAUAUUCCAGCCGGCAGCGGCGGGAUGUUUCUGGUGCUAAUUGCUGCUGCGUUCCCUCCCUGAACUGAAGCCAGCCCAUCCAGCUGCCACGGGCCGGCGCAGCCCUGGCAGCGGGCAGAGGGAGGCACAAUGUACUCUGAGGUGGUGCUCGGUGGGACUGCUGGCUGAACCUCGUCCCCACGCCAGCAGCUGGGUGUCCACCUACAAGGGUUAUGGCCACCGUGUCAGCAACUUUGGAGCUCGGUGCUGGGGCCGUGCCCUCUGGAGGCCACUCCUGCUCCUUUGCAUCAAGGGGAGGGUGACCGUGCUGGGCAGGAGGACCCCAGGGCCAGCAGGGAAGGCGACCCCUACUGUGAAAUGUCACCUUCCAGCAACGCCCAGAUGAGGCAGUCUCCGCACAGCCACGGCACCGGUGCCCUCACGACCCAUCAGCAUGGUGCCUCACAGGAUCCCGGCCACGGGGACUCGGAAUAGCAAAACCACCCAAGCCCAGGCCAGCCCCAGCGUCCCUAGGACUUGAGGCUUGCUCUUCCAAAGAAAAGUCUGGCCUGGAGGCCCUCAGGACCCAGCGGGGCCAGUCUCUCUCCGCCUCUCCUCCAUGGAAAAGCCAUACAGGAAGGAGGCCCAUCGAUGCCCUGGUGGUGCCCCUGCCCCACCCCCCACCCCGUCUAGGUCAUGUGAUUCUGUGUGAUUUCUCGUCCCGCCUGAUUCGUCCAUUCAGCCCACCACCAUCUUCUCUGUUGGCCCCUCCAAAGUUGUGGUCUGUAUCGAAGUUCGAAACGUGUCCCAUUCUCCCCAAGCCACUUCAGCUACGGUGUAUUGCAAUAAAAUUUCUUCUUAUAUUUGCAGAAA